AAAUAUCCUCUAUUCAGCUGAGGCUCUUAUCCUAUAUACGUAGAUUCAUAAGAAUUCCGCUAAUAUAGCAAACAACAAUGAAAAAAAUGUAAGGCUCAAAAUCCUGUUUAGAGCCUAAACUUUCCCUCAAAUCACAACAAUCAGCUUAAUCUAUAGUCUUGUUUUUGAAGGGUAAAGAAAAAAAUAUCAAACCAAAACCGUUAUCCGUCUCCCGCUUGGCUCUCACUAUCCCUCUGGAUAAACCCACAAAACAUUUCUUCUUUUUCAUUUUUGUAGCAUUACAGUUGUGGAUCAGGUUUCUACAAAUUUCUCAUUCUUGGUCUAGUUUCUUUGGCCAUUAUCACUGCCAUUUAAUCUUUGAAUUUUGGGUUGCAAAUAUGAUUUCUAGGCUUGUGGGGUUUGCGUGAUUGACUGAUUCAAUGUCUAACUUUGCGAAAGAUUGUGUCUUUACUGCUUCAUGAGGCUUAAAAUGUGGAAGGCAUUUCAUGUUCUUGAUGAGCACUUCACUUGUCUUAUGUCAAAAUCUAGUCUUGUCUAAUUAUAGUUGUGUCUCGGAUAAUUCUUUUCCCUGUGGCAAUGCUUCGAUUUCUGGGGUGCAAUUGAGUUGUGGGAGGAGAAAACAUAGUGGGCUGGUGCCGAAUGCCAAGAAAAAGCAUUCAAAGAAGAGGAGUUGGUGGCAGAGGUUCUUCUUUGAUGAGGAUGGGAAUUGGCUUGGUUUGAGGGAUGAUGCUGCAUUCGAAGUGCUAGAGGAGGAGGAGGAGGAGGAUGAGGCGAGUGAUAUGGGGUUAUCCGCGAAUGAGAAGUUUGAGGCGUGGAGAAGGCGAGCUGAGGCUAUUGUGGAAUUGAGGGAAGCACAGGAGGAUGUGAAGAAUGAGGAGAAUAGGAGGUGGGAGGACUGGAUUGUUGAUGGAACUUAUGGUGAUGAUGAUGUUAGUAAUGGUGGUUCGUGGGUUCAAGACUCGAAUGGGGCGGUUGGGAAACCGGGAGAUGAUGUUGGGGAUGAUUUUAGGGAGGUUUUUUCUGGUAGAGGGUUGGCUAAGUCUGUGAGGGAUUUAGUUAUAGGCAGAGAAGAUGAUGAUAUUCUGUAUGAAGAUCGAGUUUUUCGCUAUGCCUCGUUCAAUUCGGCUAAAUUUUUGGCAGUCCUGGUCAUUGUUCCAUGGGCUGUGGAUUUCUUAGUUCAUGACUACGUUCUUAUGCCUUUUCUGGACAGAUAUGUAGAAAAAGUACCACUUGCGGCACAAUUGCUUGAUGUUAGGAGGAAUCAAAAGCUUGAAAUGGUCAAGUCUCUAAAACUUGAGAAAGCACGAUAUCGGCUUGAAGUAGAGAUUGGUAAAUCUCCCCCUCUCUCUGACAAGGACCUUUACUUGGAGUUACGAAAAAAAGCGUUAGAGCUGCGGGAUGAAUGGAGAUUGGAGAACCGUAAAGCAUUUGCUAACAUUUGGUCAGAUAUGUUGUUUGGGAUCUCAGUAUUCCUUCUUCUGUACUUCAAUCAGAAUCAAGUAGCCUUGCUGAAAUUUACUGGUUAUAAGUUACUGAAUAAUAUAUCAGACACCGGAAAGGCAUUUCUUAUUAUACUUACCACAGAUAUUUUUUUGGGAUAUCACUCUGAAUCGGGCUGGCAAACACUGUUGGAGGUCAUGGUAGAUCAUUUUGGGCUUGAGAUCGAUUCGACUUCCAUAACAAUCUUCGUAUGCCUGAUCCCAGUUAUCCUUGACGCUUGUGUGAAGCUGUGGAUGUUCAAGUUUCUGCCACGAUUAUCCCCAAAGGUGGCCAAUAUUUUCCAGGAGAUGAAGAGACAUUAGGAGGAUUUCGCUACAUACACACUGGUUCUCUCUCGGCUUGGGCUCUCGUAUUCUUUUCAUAUACGAACAUUUUUUCAUACGUGUGGCUUGCUUCCUUAGUUUGCUACACAUUCUGUUGUACUAGGCUAGAACAUUUAUGUACACACUCAUAAACACUAGGAAAGAUUCCUAGACUUCUUGAAACAAUAAUUAUGCCGAGCUGCAUAAAAAUCGUCACUUUACUCAUCCCCGUACAAUAUUUACUACUCCGAACUCUCGUACUGGAUCUAGUUAGCUGGAGACAGGUGACCACUAGCUGUAACGAGUUCGAGGAUUUU